UUAAAAACUGCAGUGAAAGAAUCAGUGUGGUGGUGGUACAAAUAGAUAUAAUAACUAAUGAGACAGAACAGUCACCUCAAAAACUUAUUAAUAAAUAUGAACAUGUGUUUGAACUGAGUGAAAAUUUUAACAUCCAUAAAAUUUUGAUGCACCAUACUUCCCAAUAAUAAAAUAUUUUCCUUUCCUUGGCCUGAAAAACAUGACAUUAAAAUUCAUAAUCCAAUUUACCUAACUCUUGUGCUUCAGUCAAAGUUAUUUAAAAUUACUCAAUAUGAUUAUUAGUAUACAAAGUUACAUAACAUUUACAAUGAUGAACUGUUGAUUCUGGCAUUAUUUCCAUAGGUCUCCAUUCUGUCUUGCAGCCAGCAGCCUCCUUGGAAACUGAGAAGGAAUAUGGCCAAUUUCACUGCAGUGAGUGGGUUUCUCCUCAUGGGAUUUUCUGCCAAGCCUGAGCUAGAAGUCUUAUGGGCCUCUCUGUUCUUAGUCUUAUACUUAGUGGCUUUAACUGGCAACACACUCAUUAUCGCUGCAACUUCCAUGGAUGACAGUCUCUACUCCCCUAUGUAUUUCUUCCUCAAACAUCUUUCCUUCUUAGAUAUAUGCUAUAUCUCUGUGACGGUACCAAGGUCCAUUUGUAACUCUUUCAGGCAUACUAGCAGUAUUUCCCUCUGGGAAUGCAUACUGCAAUGUCUGGCUUUCACUCUCUGUGCAUCUGCUGAGCUGGCCAUGCUCACAGUGAUGUCCUACGAUCGCUAUGUGGCCAUCUGCCUUCCCCUGCGCUAUGAAAUCAUCAUGAAUGUCAACACCUGUAUUCACGGAAUCCUAGCCGUCUGGAUCAGUGGGGUCGUCUCUGGAGUUAUGCAUACAUCUGCUACUUUCUCCAUCCACUUCUGUGGUGCCAAUGUCAUCCACCAGUUCUUCUGUGAGGUUCCCCAGCUCCUAAAACUCGCCUGUUCUGAUGAGUAUGUCCGUGAGCUUGGGGUCACAGGCUUUCUGUCCUUGGUGGCAUUUCUUUGCUUCCUCUCCAUUGGAUUCUCCUACACACGCAUAUUCUCUACUGUGCUGAGGAUCCCAUCUGCCGAGGGGAGAGCCAAGGCCUUUGCCACUUGCCUCCCCCAUCUAGCUGUGGUCACACUGUUUCUCUCUACUGGUGUCUUUGAGUUUCUGAAGCCACAUUCUGACUCUCCAACUGCAUUAGACUUUUUGCUUACUCUUUUUUAUACUGUUCUGCCUCCCACACUUAAUCCGAUGAUCUACAGCCUGAGAAACAAAGCCAUGAAGGCAGCUCUACAAAAGGUUGUUAAAAGAAGAAAAGCUACCUCUUUUGCUGAAUCACUGUAAACUUAAUGAGGAAGUCUAUUCCUUCCUCACUGAGGCAAAUCACAAUAUACUGGAAUAAGAGUAAAUCAAGUAAUUAAAGCUCUAAUAGAAG